GUAUAACUUAAUUUGAUUUUCGAAAGAUCUAUCUGUGUAUUAUUUUCUUUCAUUUAAUAUUAAAAAUGAAAUUCUUCAAUGAGAUAUCACAGAUUACCUUCUACAAGAAGAAGCUAAUACAACAAACUCAGAUUUACCUGGGGAGUUUACAGUUACUGAAAUGUCAUCUACAUCAAUGGAUUCUGAAGUUACUUCAAGUGAACUGUACGAAACGAUCACUGAAUCUGAUGAACCGAAGUUUGACAAUCAUCUACACAACGGUGAUGAAACAAAUGAUACAGAGCAUAAUUUAGACGUCACAACAGAUAGCCAUCAAUCAUCUGAACAUCAUAAUGAUAAAGAAGAAAAUCACGGGGACGAACACGACCACGAAAAUGAACAUGAGAAUGAUCACGAACAUCAUCAUGAACACGAAAACGACUACAACAAGGCAGAUCAAUCAUCAAAUUUAUUGAAAAACAUACAUAAAAGAACCAGAGGUAAACAUUCUGACUCAACUAAUUCAAAAAAAGGCAAUAAGUUGUAAUGAUAUGGAUAAUAAUCCCGAUAAUGUGAGUACAAAUAAAAAAAAAUAAUUAAGUUCCCAUAUAUAUGUAUGUGUGUAUGCACUGAUUUUUCACCUCCCCACAUC